AUGGGCGCUGCAGCAAAUGCUUUUUACUACAUCUUCCAUCCCUCAGAAUUGAGGUCGAUACUUCAAUGGAAGAUAUGGCACAAUCCUGUUCAUGAACGUGAUGAAUCCAACGAGUCAGAAACAGCGAAGACAUGCUUCAAGUUCCUGGACCUGACGAGCCGGAGCUUUAGCGCGGUGAUCAAGGAGCUUCACCCUGAGCUCUUGCUUCCCAUGUGCAUUUUCUACCUGACACUCCGUGGGCUGGACACCAUCGAGGAUGACACCUCGAUUCCUUUGGAGACCAAGGAACCCCUUCUUCGUGGAUUCAAAGAUAUCCUCGAGCAGGAUGGCUGGAACUUCACGGGUAACCGGCCCGAAGAGAAGGACCGUGAACUGCUGGUUCAGUUCCACAAUGUCAUCACCGAGUUCAAGAAAUUGAAGCCUGCCUACAAGGCCGUUAUCAAGGAUAUCACGGACAGGAUGGGCAAUGGUAUGGCUGAUUAUUGUCGCAAAGCUGCGCUGGACGAUGCAAGCGUCAAGACGGUCGAGGAAUACGACCUGUAUUGCUGGUAUGUUGCUGGCCUGGUCGGAGAAGGGUCGACUCGCCUCUUUGUUGAGGCCGAGUUCGGUAACCCCGCCUUGCUCAAGCGUACCGAGUUGUACAAGUCCAUGGGUCUUUUCUUACAGAAGACCAACAUCAUUCGCGAUAUCCGUGAGGAUUUCGACGACGGUCGACAGUUCUGGCCCAAAGAAAUUUGGUCCAAGCAUGUCACCGACUUUGAGGAUCUCUUCAAGCCGGAGAAUCGUGACGCUGCACUGAACUGCAGCUCCGAGAUGGUUCUCAACGCAUUGGGACAUGCGGAGGAGUGUCUUUUCUACCUUGCUGGUCUGCGCGAGCAGAGUGUCUUCAACUUCUGCGCCAUCCCUCAGUCCAUGGCCAUUGCUACCCUUUCCCUUUGCUUCCGUAACCCGGCGAUUUUUGAACGUAACAUCAAAAUCAAGAAGGGCGAGGCUUGCCAGUUGAUGAUGGAGUCGACGCAGAAUCUGCGGAUCCUUUACGAGGCCUUCCGUAGAUAUGCUCGUGAGAUUCACAAGAAGAACACCCCGAAGGAUCCCAAUUUCCUCGAGAUUGGCAUUGCCUGUGCGAAGAUUGAAAAAUUCAUCGAGACCAUCUUCCCAUCGCAAUCGGCCGAAGAGGCCAACCGGCGUGUCUUGGGCCAAAAGUCUGAAGCCGAACAGGAGAAGGCCAGACUGGAGGCUGAAACCCGCAAAGACGUCUUCUUUAUGAUGGCUCUGAUGGGCGUGAUUGUGGUUUUCGUUUCUAUUGUAAUGAUUGGAUUCGCUUGGUACUUUGGUGCGCGCUUCGAUCUUGCGUGGCAGGAACUCCGCAAGGGAAAUUUCCGCCCACCCAAGCAUCUGCGUGACCGAGAGCUAUAG